UGUCCUGUCCCACAUGGCUCUUUCACGGACAUCUGUCCAUACCCAUCUCUACUUUCUAUUCCACGGCUCUCUGUCCGUCCAUUUUCUGCUAAGCUGAAAGAACUAAAACAGAGGAAAAAGGAGCAACCAACACAAGAAGUUCUAAAAGAGAAGAAAAGAGGAAGAGAUUUGAGUUUGGUGGUGGAUUUUGGGUACAGUGAAGGAGUCACAUGCAACACACUUAAGCAAUAAAGAGGAGGGAGGAGGCAGGCAUCAUGGCUGGUAAGGUUGCUCUAUGACCUCCUGUUUUCUUUUGGUGGGGAAGUGUUUCCUUCACGUCAAUUCAUGGAGAGAGGAAAUCCCAAGCAUAAGUAAUUUUGUCCUUAUGGCAUUUUGGCAAAUUUUAAAAAUCUAGAUGGAUAUGGUGGUGGUGGCGAAUUAUACAGCAAAAUAGGUGAUCCUAUGAUCCAAGUUUAGUAGCGAGGGAAUAUUUAAUGUUAUUUUGCAAGGAAAUUAGAUGUGUUGGUUUUUUAGGUUGCUGUGAGGGAGUAGGGAAGGAGCAUGUGUAUGUUGGUGGUGUUAGUUGUGUGGUAGGCAGAAAAGAUCUCAGGAUUUCAAGGUUUCACCUGAUUCCACAUGUGUCAAGAUUGAAACUUUUUCAGACUUGGGGAGAUAGACUAGACUCUCUGGAUAGCUUCUGACCUGUGAGUGGACAACCGCAGGAGGAGGAUCACAACAGUUGCGAAGGUAGAUGAUUCUAGGUAAUUCUGGCCUGUGUUGGGUAGAUUUGGGUUGUUAUUUUGAUUUUGAUAUGGUUGCCCUUUUUCGAUUUGGGCACUGCAAUUGAUAUCCCUAAGCACUAUCUCUAAGACUGUUCUUUUGCAAUCGGUCCGAGUCCUUACCAGAUCUUUGCUGAUAAGGAUGAGUUGGGUAGGUGGGAUAGCGAAAAAACUCUUUUGGGGGUGUUUGUUUGAUUGCUUUCGACUCUUUUAACAGUGGAUCUCUUAUUUCCGUCCCUUAGAUUGAGCAGUAUGCAAAUAACCAUAUUGAGAAAAAGGAGAAUACCCUCUUCCUCACCCGUCACAUGAGGAUGAGAUGAAACCAGACCACUAUUUUCUUAAGUCUCCUGGAUUGGAUUCGAUGGGGAUUCUGGAGGCUUUUAUACAUGGGGAAUGGGGUAGAGAUUUCAAUUCACAAUGGGUUUUCUUACGGAGCAGAUCAGUUUAGCCUUCCUUCUGAUGGAAUUGAUAAAAAGCCAGAUCAGGUGUUUGGUUUUAUUAGAUAGGAAUGCUAGAGCGUUCUGGAAGCCUUGAUCCUUUUCUUGGAGAAGUUAGGAAGCAUAGAGGUGGCACACAUGGAAGAAACAAGGACAUCAGAAAGCAUAGGAGUAUUCAAUAUGUGUCAGAGCUUUGAGAAUCCAGCUGUAGCAGCACGGCGCCGUCGAAUGGAAAUCAGACGCCUCAAGGACAUAGCUAAUGCUGGGAAUUCAUCAUCUGAGCCUGUGAGUAAGCGCUCCCGUCCUAUUACCGAACCAUCUUCCAUGGUCCAUGGUGAGGGUGACGUAAGUCCUCCUGAGUCUGAUAUUGAUGUUAUGACCAGGUCCUUCCACGGUUUUCCAGAUAGCAACAAUGAUGGCCAGGAAGGAGAAGUUGAUGAUUGUGAUCCUGAAAUGGAGAUUAGCAUGCUUGACCUGCCGCCUUAUUCGCCAUCUUUAUCAGUAGACAGUAGCAUAGUUAGCUAUAACAGUGAGGAGGAGAAUGCUGUGAGUAUGGAAACGGAUCCAUUGUUUGAAAGUUCUAAUUUACCAAUUGUUAGUGAGGAUAGUGUCAACCGUGGUCAUAGAAGUGUCAGCAGUUCAGACAUUGAUGUUUGUGGAUUUGAAGCCACUCAGGCUAUUAGACUUCCAGCUGACGUUGUUUCACAAGAUUCAGGUAUAAUUACUGAACAUGGAUCUCAGACUUCCGGGACUGAACAUUCAGUUCUAGAGAUAGUCUCUACAGUUGUCGAUGCUUCAAAGCAUAAUGUUGUAACAGACCCUGGCAACAUUGGUGUUUAUGCACCAUCUGGACAAAGCAGUUGUGUGGUAGACAGCAACCGAGUUCCCCCUUGGGCCUAUACUUCCAUUGCUGGCAGGAGACCAGAGAUGGAGGAUGCUGUGGCUGCUGUACCUGAAUUUUUUUCUCUUCCCUGUGGAGUUGUCGGGGGUUGUGUUGCCAAGGAUUCACAAAAAGCCAGUGAAAGUUCUUCACUUCAUUUCUUUGGAGUCUACGAUGGACAUGGAGGUGCCCAGGCUUCCAACUUCUGUAAAGACCGCCUCCAUCAGGCACUGAUUGAGGAGCUACAGUUGAUAGCAAAUGGUGAGGGAUCUAUCAUUGAUGACGACAAUCAAAGUUGGCAAAGGCACUGGGAAAGGGCUUUAGUCAAUUGCUUCAAGAAGGUGGAUGUUGAGGUUGGACAAGAUCCCAAUAGCAGAGAUGAGUGUGGGAAUGAAGAACACAUGGAGUGUUGCUCAGAGCCCGUGGCCCCUGAAACUGUAGGAACUACUGCUGUCGUUGCUAUUGUUGGUUCCUGUCAAGUUAUUGUUGCCAACUGUGGAGACUCAAGAGCAGUUCUAUGUCGUGCAGGAAGGGCUAUACCACUUUCAGUUGAUCACAAACCUAAUAGAGAUGAUGAGAUGGCAAGGAUUGAGGCAGCAGGGGGCAAGGUUAUAUGGUGGAAUGGAUUUCGUGUUUUAGGAGUGCUUGCCAUGUCAAGGGCCAUUGGUGACCGCUAUUUGAAGCCAUGUAUCAUACCGGAUCCUGAAAUUACAUUCACUCAACGAGCAAAAGAAGAUGAAUGCCUGAUACUGGCUAGUGAUGGACUGUGGGAUGUAAUAUCAAAUGAGGAUGCGUGCAAUUUAGCUCGCAGAUGCCUUGCACGUUGGUAUACUACCAAUGCAAAUAUAGCUAGUAAGCCCACAAAUGACUUAAUGGAUCCUGCAGCACGGGCAGCUGCUAAUCAUCUCUGCAAACUUGCUAUUCAGCGUGGUAGCUCUGACAAUAUUACUGUAUUGGUGGUAGACUUGAAGGCAAAACGGAGACAUGGACCAAGACAUUAAAAGCAAAUUUAUGAAUUUGCUUUCGCCAGAUUGAUGUUAGUGACAAACAAUUGCAGCAGUUGAAUUGCUGAUAAUCCAAGGUGAUUCUUCUAUUGACUUCUUGUUUUGGAGUGGAUAAACAUGUUAAAGGAGGAGCCCUGUUUUAUUUCUUUGGUAAUUCAUUGCACUGUAGAGGUUGUCUUUACAACCAAUGUAGAGGUUUAUGAACAUCUGCUGUAAUAUAGUAUUUUCCUUGGCCUUUUAAUCCCUGGAGGAUUGACUAUAAAGUUGACCAGUAUACGAUGAUGGCUGCAGCAUUGGAAUGAUGUUGUCCUUCUGCAAUAUAAUAUUGGAGAAAGAAUGGAUAAAAUGGUUAUAUGGCCAGCCACAUCUAGUGUCGAUGUUUUAUGCUUUGAUUUGCUUCCCUGAUUCCAAGGAUACCAUAUGAAAAUGUGCAAUGCAAACUGCACACUUUUGGGAGGUAACUGUUAGCUGGAACUUUCAUUUUGUAGACUACUAUUGACUUAAGAAUCACAAAAAAUGACCUUAACGACAGAAGGUUGCUUCUGUGUAACAGACAUGUUUAUGGGCAUAUAUUUAUCUUGUCUUAUUCAAUGCAGCUCUAGAUCAGAAGUGUGAUCUGUGAAGAAGCGGGCCUUUAAAGAUGUAAGAGGCCAAUAGAAAACUGGUGAUUUAAUGAAGCUUCAGAAUAUGUUAGGGAUGAGAUUAUCUGAUUGUAUUUUUAAUAGCAACUGGAAGGAAUUAAGAUAUAUAUUUUUUAA